GUAUCAUUUGAAUGGCGCGAAGACCAUUGCGACUUGGCAGCACUGGCCCAAUUUCCGCGAAAGAGUUUUGUGAGGCCGUAACACAUCUAUGGGGAAUAUGGCGAGGCGCUUCGACUCCCAGCUUGCCAUCAAGAAUAGGACUGGCUGUCAGUGGGGGCGCUGACUCGAUGGCAUUGGCUUUCCUGUGCAGACAAUUAAUAUCGGAACGCUUGAUUCCUGAUUUACAGGUGAAGCCCUUCAUUGUGGACCAUCUGGCUCGAGAAGGCAGCACGGACGAGGCACAAAAAGUAGCAGGUUGGCUUAGAGAACUCGGUUAUGACCCUUCUAUCCUAACCCUCCGUUGGUCGGACGGAACUGACCCGUCCAGCUUGUCUGAUUUUGAAACCCUGGCACGGAAGCUCCGUUAUCAGAUUCUUGGGCAAGCUUGUAAAAAAUACAAUACACGAGCACUUUUUUUGGGACACCAUCUGGACGAUAAUGUUGAAACGGUCCUCAGUCGGCUGACUCGUGGACAACGCCAGGCAACUGGUCUCAAGGGCGUCGCCAGCAUAGGCCAUAUACCAGAAUGUCAUGGCAUUUAUGGGGUAGCGGAGAGUGGCUCCGUCAUCCGUUUAAUGAAUGCUCAAAGCAUGAUAAAUGCUACCAGAGCCAGAAACUUCUCAAGUCACGAGAGUUACAGCUCUAAAGGCCUACAACCGGAACGCUCUACCACGACCGAUCGGGCCCGCCGCUUUCGUGCAGAUCUAAAACUACCUAUUGCAGAGGGUGGCAUUUACCUAUUCCGUCCGUUUAAUUCGUUCCCAAAGUCACGUCUCACGUCUACUUGUCUUGAAGGCGGCAUAAAGUUCGUCACCGACCGAACAAAUUUUGAUCCUACCCUUACCUCUCGAAACACACUACGUCAUCUCCUUUCCAAUGACAUGCUUCCUCGCGCACUGCAAGCUCCAUCAAUAUUGCAACUUAUCGAGAACAGCCAGCGGAUUUCAGAUGAACUAGGCAAUGAAUCUAACGCCUUCUUAGAAACUGUCCGAGUUCGCAAACUUGACCUUCGAACUGGCAGCCUUGUUCUCGAGUUCCCUGGUCCUCGAGAUAUGGAAAAUAUCGGAAAAUCCCAGGAUAUGCCGGUUGAGAAUUGUCCCCCUAAACUUCAAAAGACACUGGCGAUUUCUUUGCGGCGCCUCCUGGAUAUUGUGUCCCCUGCUCCGAAAAGUGACGUACCGCUAGAGAAAUUCACGUUGGCGUUACAAAAGGUUUUUCCAGCGCCUGGAACAACGCGUGACGAAGAGCCAGCUCCUGCUAGAGGGAACAUAUUUACUGUUGGCGGUGUGAAAUUUGAACCAGUAAUGCUACCGAAAAUGUGGGCUGGUGGGAAAAGCGUCUCUCUCAAAUCAUUUGCCCCAAGGAAGCAAACUGAUUAUUUCCCAAACACUUGGCUUCUGACCCGCCUGCCGUACUCAAGACGCACCCCAAAGCCUGUUUCCAGUUUCGAGAUUCCACUUCCUACUUCAUCUCUUGCGGACAGUGCAGUCGAAUCACGCUGGUCUUCCUGGCAGCUUUGGGAUAACCGAUACUGGAUACGAUUGCGGGCCGAAAAAGCAACCCCAGGGAAUCCUGUGGAAGAGGGUUCGUUUGAAUCUAACGACAUGAGCAUCCCUGUUGUGGUUCGUUCAAUGGAAGGACCAGACUUAGCAGACGUCAGACGCCGACUCGUGAAAUACACAUGGUCGCUUUCUAACAAACAAUUUGAUCCUAAUUCCGUCAAACCAGAUAGUCCCUCGUUCGCAACACUAAGGACGAGACAUCAUUUAGAUGACCUUCUCCAGUACCAUGCGCCAGGUGACCUGAGAUAUACUAUUCCCGUCAUCGCAGAAGCAACUGGGCAAAAACGGGUCCUCGCAUUUCCAUCGUUCGGAGUAAAAAUGCCAGUAGCUUUCACUCAAAGGAUGCGGGAUAACAAUGGCACUUGGGCCUUAAACUGGCAGAUAAAUUAUAAACACAUUGAUCUCGAUCUGUUGAACCUGAUAUCUCGGGAUUUGGAGACAGUACUAUCUCAAGUCACUCCUAUUAGCGAAACUUGAGGCGAAGUUUUCAUUUUGUCCAUAGAUAUCCAGGUCAAGGACCCCAUUUUGAAAACGUUUUGUAUAUAUGUAUAUUAAUAGACCUAAAGGAAAAACCACCGAUACAAACUAGCGAACUUCCUAGAGUGUGCAGCCUGGUAUGGACUGCACAGCCACUAGCAUUCGAGCACUAACAUCAGGUCUUCGAUUGCACAUCCUCU